AGUCUUCCGUUUGGAACCCACACAAUUUAACAAAAAUCUUGAUGAAUUGGUAACUUUCUUGGCUCAGGUUAGCACACGCUAAAAUUCUAACAACAUAUCAUUUUAAAGAAUAAAUAACAUAUUGAUAGAAGCACUAACAAUUUGUCAAAGCUCCAGUAUUUCUUGGAAGAGUGUGAGACAGUGUAGGCGAUAAAAAUUGAUUUUGUUUCUAUAUUAUUUUGCACGCAAUUUUAGAGUGUAAUAAAAAUGGAAAAGUAUUUGGAAACGAUAAAAAAUAGUAUUAUAUGUCGAGAAAAAAUUAUAGCGCGACUGUAUUCUUUAAUUGGUGCAGCAAAUGAGCCAAUGCCGGAAAGUAUAUUUGUGUAUGGCCAUAUGGCUACUGGAAAGUCAUUGAUUGUACGAAAUCUACUCGAUUAUUUAAAGUAUAAUGUUAGCUAUAUUAAUUGUAUGGAGCAUUUAGGCAGCAAACAUAUAUAUAACUACAUAUUAAGCGAUUUAACUGCAUCUGUAAAAGAAUCUAGUGCCGAUAUGCCGUUAAAAUGCAACUGUGACAAUUUCAUGGAUUUUAUACUUGCACUUAAAAAAAUUUCUCACAGAGAUACACGUCCAAUUGUAUUAGUAUUUGACAAAUGUCAUAGAAUUAGACAUUUUGAUGUAACUUUCCUACCAGCGAUCUUAAGACUUAGGGAAUUGUCCUGCAUUAAUAUAUGUACGAUUUUUAUAAGUGAGAUUGCGUGGGAUAAUUUUAAUACUAAGAUAGGUAUGUUGAAGCCUAUAAAGAUAUACGUUCCACAAUACACGAAGGACGAAUUAGUACGAUUAUUAUUACUAGACAAACCAGCGAAAAAAUACGACGAGGACUUUUAUAAGAAUUAUUUGAAUCUCUUUCUUUCUGUAUUCUUUCGGUUUUGUAGAGAUUUGAACGAACUUCGAUACAUGGCCAAGAUAAAUUUUACCAAGUAUAUAGAACCUAUAGAAAGUAAGCAAAUUGAACCAAAUAAUGUUGCUGCACUGUGGCGUAAUAUCUCUGCUACUUUGAAAUCUAAUUUAGAAAUAAUUUAUCUUAGAGUUUCCACGAAUGAUUUCUUGCAACCCGAUCAACAAAUAUCUCGGGAAAUUGAAUCGACGACAAAAUUAGCUUUAAGUUUCGAAUUACCGUUUUACGCGAAAUAUAUGUUAAUCGCAUCAUAUUUAGCUUCGUACAUUCCUUCAAAAUAUGAUAAAGAUAUUUUUAUGAAACAAUGUAGUAAGAGAAAGAAAAAAGUACGAUCAGUUAAGAAAGCAAGAGACAUAGAUUCGCAAAAGAAAUCUCGGGUUUUUACUAUCUCGAGGAUGCUUGCGAUCUUUUGCGCUAUUCUUGAUGAAAGAAUAGACAUCAAUGCUAAUUUACUCGCUCAAAUAUCUACCAUGUGUCAACUAGGUUUACUGUCUGUCGUUGGAGAUAAUGUCUUGCAGUUAGACGAACCAAAAUUUAAGUGCUGCGCAAGCCACGACUUUGUUACAGUUUUAGCUAAAACGGUUGGCUUUGAUAUAAAAAAUUUCACUAGCUUUAACAUAUAAAUUGAAUACACCUGAAUAUAUGAUUCAUUUUUAGUUAUAGUUUUUAUAUAUGUUUGCUUCUAACAGCUUUAUCUAAUGCUUUCAUCAUAGACUUUUUAAGUAAUGUAAAACUUACAUAUUUUUAUAUUUGAAAUAAGAUUUGAUUUUCAUUUAUUAUCAAUUUAUUAUCAUUAAGCACACAUAAUUUGUAAUGCAUAAAAUAAAUUUAGUAUGAGGAA